GGUUCUUCAUUCUUUUGGUUUCGAAUAAUUCCCAAACUUGAGCAUCAAUGGGUCGCUCUCGGGGGAACUUCUACAAUUACGAAGACCCUAAUCAGAGAACGAGGAAACAAAAAAUGCGUUUGAACCCUUAAAUCAAGAAAAUUUAAUUAGAAGAAGGCACAACAAACAAUUUCUCCAUUGAUGGGAAUGUUCGUUUUCUGCAAUAGAUCACUAAUCUCGUCUUCUCUUUCUCACAAAUCCAACUCCUGGUCUAUCUGCUUCACGCUCAACAGGCUCGCCAAGGUUUUUUACACUCGAGAGUUUCAAACGGAGGUGUCUCAGUCUUUGGCUUGUGGUCCUAUGUUUUCCGCCAACGCAACGACGAUCCUGCGCCGGAUGCUGGUGGAGAGGAGAAUUAGCAGCUUUCAGGCGGAGAAUCAGAGAAAGAAAGAGAAGCUGGAUAAGACAUUAAAGGGUUUGUGUGUUACAGGGAGAUUGAAAGAAGCUGUUGGGUUAUUGUGGCGUAGCGGGUUGCAAGUAGAGCCUGACACUUAUGCUGUGAUGUUGCAGGAAUGCAAACAACGGAAGGGAUAUACAAAAGGGAAACGGAUACAUGCUCAGAUGGUUGUUGUUGGAUUUGCUCCCAAUGAGUAUUUGAAAGUCAAGUUGUUGAUACUUUACGCCUUAUCAGGGGAUCUUCAGACUGCUGGGAUUCUCUUUCGUUGUUUGCAAUGUAGGGAUUUGAUUCCCUGGAACGCAAUGAUAUCUGGGUAUGUGCAAAAGGGUCUGGAACAAGAUGGGCUUUAUAUUUACUAUGAUAUGAGACAGAACAGAAUAGUUCCGGACCAGUAUACAUUUGCUUCAGUGUUUAGAGCUUGUUCUGCAUUAGCAUCCCUGGAACACGGAAUGAAAGCGCACGCUGUGAUGAUUAAGUGCCAUAUUAAGCCGAACAUUAUAGUCGAUAGUGCCCUUGUUGAUAUGUACUUCAAAUGCAGCAGUUUGUCUGAUGGCCACAAAUUAUUUGAUCAGUUGUCCACCAGAAACGUUGUUACGUGGACUUCAUUGAUGUCUGGAUAUGGAUAUCAUGGAAAAGUUUCAGAGGUGUUAAAAUGCUUUGAUAAGAUGAAGGAAGAAGGUUGUAGACCAAAUCCUGUUACAUUUUUGGUGGUUCUCACUGCGUGUAACCAUGGAGGUUUAGUUGAUAAAGGUUGGGAGCAUUUCAAUUCUAUGAAGAGAGAUUACGGGAUUGAACCUGAGGGACAACACUAUGCAGCUAUGGUUGAUACGUUAGGGCGUUCCGGCAGGCUACAAGAAGCGUACGAAUUUGUUAUGAAGUCACCAUGCAAGGAGCACGCUCCGGUAUGGGGUUCAUUACUUGGGGCUUGCAGGAUUCAUGGGAAUGUGAAACUUCUAGAACUCGCAGCUACAAAGUUUUUGGAGUUGGAUCCGACAAAUGGGGGGAAUUACGUGGUGUUUGCCAAUGGAUAUGCGAGUUGUGGAUUCCUGGAUGCUGCCUCAAAGGUUAGACGGAGAAUGGAGAAUGCAGGAGUUAAAAAAGAUCCCGGGUAUAGCCAGAUCGAAUUACAAGGAGAAGUUCAUAGAUUCAUGAAGGAUGAUACGUCUCACAGAUUCUCUGGAAAGAUAUACAAGAAGGUCCAUGAGAUGACUUCAUUCUUUAUGGAUGCUAACUACAAUCCGGAUGACUUAGACGCUAUAGACGCUAGCUGUCAUGUUUGAUGGACUGAUAUCUAGUCUUGUCUUGCAUUGCUUGACCAAAACAACCUGCAAUUAGCUGUUAUACAUUUGUUUCAAGUGAUGUUGUUGCAGUUUCUCAUAUUAAGCCUGGUAUAGAGAAAAGGUACACUCUGUGAAGUCAAAUAUUGGGUGGACUAUGAAGUUACUCCAGUGAUAGGCUCUGGAAAAUCCAUCGUGGUUCAAACACAAGUUUUGGUGUGGACGGGGAUUAACAGAUUGGUUGGUAGAGUGUGAUAUUUAGAUAAGUCUCAAACUCGAUACAAAUGAUGUAAUUGGUAUUGAUGGAAAUGCGAUUUUUUGUAUAAUGUAAGUAUUUAAAGUUUUACUCACA